GCCAGAUAUUGAUGUUAGCAGAUUGUGAAUAAUCAAUUUCCAGUAAUUGUAAGAUUGUAUAAUGGCCAGCUCCAUGGUUACAGAUAUGUUUGGUGACUGUGCCAUGUACACACACAGCAGUCUGCCCUCAGUCAGUAUGUAUCUGCCGGCUUCAUCGCCCUUACUACGUCACUUCCUUUUACUCCGCCCAGGCUUCCUGUUGAUGUUGCGUAGCAACCAGACGAUUGCACCGGAAGUGGGAAUUGCUGAAGGUAAAGCUAAACGUAAAGCCCCCCGGUACACAGCUCUGUGCGGGGGGGUAAUGAGGGGUACACAGCUCUGUGCGGGGGGGGUAAUGAGGGGUACACAGCUCUGUGCCGUAGCGCUACAGCCCCUGUGCGGGUAAUGUGCGCCACAGCUCUGCAUGGGGGGUAAUGAGGGUACACAGUCGCAUGGGGGUAUCGAGGGUACACAGCUCUGUGCGGGGGGGGUAAUGAGGCACAAUAGCCUGUGCGGGGGUAUCGAGGGCACAGCCCCCAGUGCCGGGGGGCACACAGCCUGUGCGGGGGGUAAUGAGGGCACAGCCUGCAUGGGGGUAAUGAGGGUACACAGCCUGUGCAUGGGGUACGAGGUACACAGCCUGGUGCAUGGGGGGGUAAUGAGGGGUACACAGCUCUGUGCAUGGGGGGUAAUGAGGGGUACACAGCUCUGUGCGGGGGGGUAAUGAGGGGUACACAGCUCUGUGCGGGGGGGUAAUGAGGGGUACACAGCUCUGUGCAUGGGUGGGUAAUGAGGGGUACACAGCUCUGUGCAUGGGGGGGGUAAUGAAGGGUACACAGCUCCGUGCGGUGAUAAACUGGAAUGGAGCUAUGCUCUGUCAGGUUAUGAUCCGCUUAUAAUGUGUAAAUUCUCUAUUCUCCUGUGUUUUUGUUACAAGCAUGGCGGAGCUUCAUAUCAUUGGGCAAAUAGUUGGCGCCAGUGGAUUUCCUCAGAACAGCCUCUUCUGCAAGUGGGGGAUUCACACAGGUAAGGAGCCCAUGUGUCUGUGUGUAUAUUUAUAUAUCUCCUGAUAGCACAUCUUUUGGGACAUAUCCUGCUUCCUAAUCAGGUCUCUCUGAUCCCUUGUUUUGCACUAGGAGGAGCCUGGAAGCUACUGUCUGGGGCUGUGGAGGGUCAGACACAGGUGGAUAAUCCACAGAAUGAAGAGAUGGCUUUCUGGUCCCACCCUAUCGAUAUACACUUUGCAACAAAAGGGCUGCAGGGUGAGUUUCAGGAUCUAGCCGGCCACAGACUGAUCUAUUAUUUAUAUAGCGCCAGCAAAUUCCGUUGCUAGAAAAGUAUUCACUGGGAACUUAGUAGGUUAUUUUUGACAGUUGCUAACAGUUAAACUAACAAUUUAGAUUAUAUGCUUUCCUGAAGAAGUGAGUUUUCAAAGAUUUUUUGAAGGAGUGGAGACUGGGUGAAAGUCUAAUGGAGAAGGUAAGGGAGUUUCACAGAGGAGGUGCAGCCCUGGAGAAGUCUUGGAGGCAAACAUCAGAUGUGGGAGUACGGACAGAGGAUAGACGUAGGUCUUCAGCAGAGCACAGUGGCCUCGACGGGACAUACUUGUGUAUUCGGUAGGAUAGGUAGGUUGGAGCAGUAUUAUGGAGGGAUUUGUAAGCAAACACCAGAAUCUUAAAUUAAGCCCUAUAUCUAACUGGAAGCCAAUAUAGGGACUGACAGAGGUGAGAGGUGCGGGCUGACAGGAAAAUGAGCCUUGCCGCCGCAUUCAUUAUAGAUUGCAGUGGUGCAGUCUGGGAGCACGUAAGACCACUGAGAAGGGGAUUGCAGUAGUCAAGGCGAGAAAGAACAACGGCAUGGACCAGCACCAUAGCUGCAUCUGGUGUUAAAUAGGGGCGGAUGUGAGCUAUGUUUUUGAGAUGGAAGCGGCAGGAUUUGGCGAUUGAUUGGACAUGAGGGAUGAAGGAGAGGUUGGAUUCAAAGAGAACACCUAGGCUGCAAGGUAGAGGUGAUGGUGGCACCGUUGACUUGGAGGGAGACACACUGGAGUAGCAACACUUAAGGGAGGUAAGACCAGUAUUCUGUUUUGGACAGGUUGAGUUUAAGGGCGUGAGCAGCCAUCCAGUUGGAAAUCACGGAUAGGCAGUCAGAGACACGAGUCAAAAUGGGUGUAGAGAGAUCAGGGGAGGACAGGUAGAUUUGAGUGUCAUCCGUAUAGAAAUAAUACUGGAAGCCAAAGGAGCUAAUGAGUUUACCAAGGGAGGCAGUAUAGAUCGUGAACAGUAGGGGACCAAGGACUGAACCUUGGGGGAUGCCGACAGAGAGGAGUUGGGGAGAAGAGGCAGAGCCAGAGAAAGAAACACUGAAAAAGCGCUGGGAGAGGUAGGAGGAGCACCAGGAAAGAGCAGUAUCCCGUAGACUGAGAUUCUAGAGAAUGAGAAGGCAGCAGAAAGAUCAAGGAGAAUUAGGAAAGAGUAAUGGCCGUGAGAUUUAGCAGCGAUUAAAUCGUUGGAUACUUUGGUCACAGCUGUUUCAACAGAGUGACCAUCGCGGAAUCCACAGUCAAUGUUUGUGCAGCCGGCCACAGACUGAUCUACAGUCACUGUGUGUGUGUGCAGCCAGCCACAGACUGAUCUACAGUCACUGUGUGUGUGUGCAGCCAGCCACAGACUGAUCUACAGUCACUGUGUGUGUGUGCGCAGCCGGCCACAGACUGAUCUACAGUCACUGUGUGUGUGCAGCCGGCCACAGACUGAUCUACAGUCACUGUGUUUGUGCAGCCGGCCACAGACUGAUCUACAGUCACUGUGUGUGUGCAGCCGGCCACAGACUGAUCUACAGUCACUGUGUGUGUGCAGCCGGCCACAGACUGAUCUACAGUCACUGUGUGUGUGCAGCCGGCCACAGACUGAUCUACAGUCGCUGUGUGUGUGUGUGCAGCCGGCCACAGACUGAUCUGACAGUCACUGCUGUGUGUGUGUGUGCAGCCGGCCACAGACUGAUCUACAGUCGCUGUGUGUGUGUGUAGCCGGCCACAGACUGAUCUACAGUCGCUGUGUGUGUGUGUGUAGCCAGCCACAGACUGAUCUACAGUCACUGUGUGUGUGUGCAGCCGGCCACAGACUGAUCUACAGUCACUGUGUGUGUGUGCAGCCAGCCACAGACUUAUCUACAGUCACUGUGUGUGUGUGCAGCCGGCCACAGACUUAUCUACAGUCACUGUGUGUGUGUGUGUGUGUGUGUGUGUGUUUGCGCGCGCAGCCAGCCACAGACUGAUAUACAGUCACUGUGUGUGUGUGUGCGCAGCUGGCCACAGACUGAUCUACAGUCACUGUGUGUGUGUGCAGCUGGCCACAGACUGAUCUACAGUCACUGGGUGUGCAGAUAUAAUGCCCUGUAUGCUGGGCGCUAUAAACGAAUAUAAUGCCCUGUAUGCCAGGUGCUAUAACCAGAUUUAAUGCUCUGUAUGCCGGGCGCUGUAACAAGAUAUAAUGUCCUGUAUGCUGGGUGCUAUAACCAGAUAUAAUGUAUGCCGGGCGCUAUAACCAGAUAUAAUGACCUGUAUGCCGGGCGCUAUAACCAGAUAUAAUGCUCUGUAUGCCGGGCGCUAUAACCAGAUAUAAUGACCUGUAUGCCGGGCGCUAUAGCCAGAUAUAAUGCCCUGUAUGCCGGGCGCUAUAACCAGAUAUAAUGCCCUGUAUGCCGGGCGCUAUAACCAGAUAUAAUGACCUGUAUGCCGGGUGCUAUAACCAGAUAUAAUGCUCUGUAUGCGGGCGCUAUAACCAGAUAUAAUGCCCUGUAUGCCCGGCGCUAUAACCAGAUAUAAUGCCCUGUAUGCCCGGCGCUAUAACCAGAUAUAAUGACCUGUAUGCCGGGCGCUAUAACCAGAUAUAAUGACCUGGCAGGCUCUGUGCACACUUAGCGCAGUCACUGUGUGUUAUUGCUGACUUGGUCUGAUCAUUCGUCCUGUUUGGUUUAGUCUUCACUUUGCACUAUGUGGAGAUAUUGAGCUCUAGCUAUACAGAACAAUUAUCUCAGAUGUAACAUUUACUCUCGAUUCACUAGCUUCUCUACAAGAUAUAACCUCCCCAGUGCUGCCGUUAAUGUGCUGCGGCUCGCUAUUGUGACCUCUCUUUGAUUUCCAGUUUGAGGUUUAUUAGAAGCUCUCACAUCUAUACUUUACCUACAGAUUUAUUUGACAUUUCUAACCAUUUGUAUUCUUUCAAAACCUAAAGAAUUUGCGUGGGCUAAAGGAGUUAGAAUUUAUUCGUGAUUGGUGCCUGUUGGCAUUUAUCUCUGUCUCUCCACAUACUAUGGAUGGAGCCUCCGCUCGCUGGAUCUUGUCCCACUCACGAGGUCUAGACGUCUGGUUACCAGGUGCUUCACGCUCUUCCUGCUCUCUAAUCCCUGCUUUUCUGUUAUUGAUAACUAUCUGAAUAAUCGUAUGAAAGGAGGAACUUGGCUUGUGCUGUAAUGAUGCAUCCUCAUCAGACAUUUAUGAUAUUUCAGUUUAGGCUGUAGUGUGAUUGGACCAGUGAACAUGCAGGGCACAUUCCCACGGGUAGCCAAGCUUUCAGACACACAGACCGCGUCCAGAUGCUUCCGUCAUUGGCAGGACUCUUAAUCCCCUCUAACUGAUUCAUUAGCUGAUCUCUCUUUAAACCAAAACAGAAUUGAAGCAAAUUUAGAAAAGAAAAAGAAACACAGUAGCUUGCCGUUAAAUUAGUCCUUGCUCAGGUUUAAAGCCCGUUUUAGCUCACUUGAGCCUUUGCAGCAACAUCUAUGCCAUCAGCGUAUCAAACUGAUUGCCCUGGGGGUACCUCGAAUAGAAUUUCCCUGAGGUUCCCUGCACACGGUCAGCUGAUGGAUUUAGGAGAGAGCCUUUUCAUUUCCUUUGGAAUCACAUUGUGGUUGGUUGCAAUCCAUUAUACUUUGACACGGUUACCUGCGAUUCUAUGGCUUGUUCUGUAGACCUACACGCCAGUAAAGAGCCUUUAUAUUCCAAGCACUUCAUGUUCAUAUAUUACCAGCCAUUCUGACUGUGAGCUGAAAUAAAAAUGGUCUACAUGUCCAGAAUUCUGAGUUUUUUCACUUAACUGAUAUAUGUGGCAUUAACAUUGAAAUAAAGAUAAGACAUUUCUCAAUUCAUCUAAUUCUGUCUAAAAUGUAAAUUUCUCAAACAUGUCAAAUCUCUACAAUCGGUAGUUAAAGGGACACUCCAGUGCCAGAAAAACAAAUCGUUUUCCUGGCGCUGCAGGUCCCCUCUCCCUCCCACCCUCCAUCCCAUGUUGCUGAAAACCCCUUCAGUGACUUACCUGACACCACUGCUUCUGACGGCUGAUGGCGGCAGUCGAGACCAAUUGCGCAUGUGCAGCCACUGGCGGGAUGAGACCUCCCCAUAGGAAAGCAUUGAAAAUGCUUUCAAUGCUUUCCUAUGGGGAUUUUAGCGACACUGGAGGUCCUCACAUAGUGUGAGGACGUCCAGCGAAAGUAUAGACCAGAAAGUGCCUUCUAGUGGCUGGCUAGUAGACAGCCACUAGAGGAGGAGUUAACCCUGCAAGGUAAUUAUUGCAGUUUAUGAAUACUGAAAUAUUUACAGUUGCAGGGUUAAGGGUAGUGGGAGUUGGCACCCAGACCACUCCAAUGGGCAGAGGUGGUCUGGGUGCCUGGAGUAUCCCUUUAAGUGAAUACAUCCAUUUGAGAUUAGGAUUUUUCUGCUUCGUAAUUCUUUUGUGAAAAUUCUAGUUUGUCUAAUAGGCACCUGCAGCUGUCGUACAGAAAGGAAUACAGCAUUGUGGGAAAUAAUCAGCUCUUCCAUCCAGAGCGGCUGAAUUCAACUUCUUGAACUGCAAGGGGCAUCUUGUUUAAUUAAUGUGUGGUCGGUAAUGGCCAAGGAUGUGCUAUAUGGAAGUCUAAUGCCCUUUAUUGUGAGACUCUCCACUUGCCCUGCGUUUAGCUGGUGGAAGGUAUUAUCAAGUAGUGUUCUGGUCACAAAUGUAGAAUCUAUUUCUCCCCCCCCCCCCAGUAUGUGCACAAUUCUAUCCCACUCUUGGAUCUACAGUUAAAGGAGCACUAUAGUGUCAGGAACACAAACAUAUAUUUCUGACCCUAUAGUGUUAAAGUCACUAUCUAGCCCUUCUGGCCCUCCCUAAAUAUAGUAUAAUCUUACUUGUAUUCAAGUCUGCAGCUGCUACCUCUGCCCCUGUUUGCCUGUGAAACUGACUGCUGACAUCAUCAGAAGUGUUGUUCUGAGCCAAUCACAAUGCUUCCCCAUAGGACUGGCUGAGACUGUGAAGGAGGCAGAUCAGGGGCAGAGCCAGCACAAGUCAAACACAGCCCUGGCCAAUCAGCAUCUCCUCAUAGAGAUGAAUUGAAUCAAUGCAUCUCUAUGAGGAAAGUUCAGUGUCUGCAUGCAGAGGGAGGAGAUACUGAAUGUUUGGAUGCAUUUUAGGCAGCCAUGACUCGGGAAGGAUCUCAGAAAUCUAAGGAGUGGCCAGUGAAGUUAUCACUAGGCUGUAAUGUAAACACUGCAUUUUCUCUGAAAAGACUGUGUUUACAGUAAAAGGCCUGAAGGGAAUGAUUCUACUCACCAGAACAAAUUCAAUAAGCUGUAGUGGUUCUGGUGACUAUAGUGUCAUUUUAAAGGGCACCUGUCAUACCCCAAACAACUCAUGCUCAUUACAUUGCUUGCAUAAUGUAUAGAUAAAAUAUUAAAUCUUAUGCUCAGUUUUGCUAGCAAACGUAUAGAUUAUUUAAAAAUAUUUUUUUUCUCCCAGCUGUCAGUCAAUGUCAUGGCGUGCCGAGGCAUUGACUGACAAGGGAAAGCAAAAAAGAGGUUGCGUCGCGGUUGCUAUGGAAACUCCCUAGGCAGCGCUAAUAGUUCAUGUUAAAACUACAUGAUUGGUCACUCUCUCUUAUCUGGUUUUCAGCCCUGUAAAACAGUCACUUUCUGUCGAUGUAACCCUACACUUAAACAUACUUGGGAGAGAUGGAAUGCAUUUCCUAUAGUGUCACCCUGCAGUGGAAGGGACAGACUGUGUGUCCCAUAGCUCCUUCUGUCUGUGUCACCCUGCAGUGGGAGGGACAGACUCUGUAUCCCAUAGCCUUCUGUCUGUGUCACCCUGCAGUGGGAGGGACAGACUGUGUAUCCCAUAGCUCCUUCUGUCUGUGUCACCCUGCGUUGGGAGGAUCAGACUCUGUGUCAUAUAACUCCUUCUGUCUGUGUCGCCCUACAGUGGGAGGGACAGACUGUGUAUCCCAUAGCGCCUUCUGUCUGUGUCACCCUGCAGUGGGAGGGACAGACUCUGUGUCAUAUAGCUCCUGUCUGUGUCGCCCUACAGUGGGAGGGACAGACUCUGUGUCCCAUAGCUCCCUUCUGUCUGGUUCACACUGCAGUGGGAGUGACCGGUUCUGUGUCCAAUAGCUCCUUCUGUCUGUGUCAUCCUGCAGUGGUAGGAACAGACUCCGUGUGCCAUAGCUCCUACUGUCUGUGUCACCUUGCAGUGGGAGUGACAGGCUCUGUAUCCCAUAGCUCCUUCUGUCUGUGUCAUCCUGCAGUGGUAGGAACAGACUCCGUGUCCCAUAGCUCCUUCUGUCUGUGUCACCCUGCAGUGGGAGGGGUAAACUCUGUGUCCCAUAGCUCCUUCUGUCUGUGUCACCCUGCAGUAGGAGGGGUAAACUCCUUAUUUUAUUGUUGUAUUCCGAAUCAUCGUCUUUGUUUAAUUGGUUUUCCAUUUUCUCCACAGGUUGGCCAAAGCUACACCUCCAAGUUUGGCACCAGGACUCAUUUGGCCGUAAUGAAUUAUACAGUUACAGCUUCCUGCACAUUCCGUCCACCCCAGGCACGCAUUCCCUGACCAGCCCAACAUGGCGCCCGCUAGGAACAUGGCAGGAACACCUCUCCCAGAUCUUUGUGGGGGGUGGCCCUCAGCUGAAAUCUUCCAGCCUGAUUUAUGGGGGAGCAGAUCGAUAUCGCUUGCAGACAGAAGCCAUGGGGCAGGUCCACCUAGAGCUCACUGUCAUAUUGCGCAACUUUGAACGCUAUGGUGUGGAAUGUUAGCGUAAUGGAGACACAGUAAUAACUGUCAAUGAUGGCUACACCUCACUGCAGUAUAGUACACCAAAUUAACCUUAAAAAGCCUUGUUUAUAAUCCCUUAUUGACUGAAUCAGAAAAUGGUCAACCAAUUUGUGCCCAGAACGUCCAAGCUGAAAAAAAACUGAUUCCUCAUUCCAUCUCGGAUAUAUUUGCUCCGUAACCAGUUUCUAGCUCACAGCAUUCAUUCUGUUUCAGUAUUGACAUUUUUUAAGAAGAGAUGCAGGAUUUUUUUGUGAGUUAAUAGUUUAUUCCAGAUUUAGGGAUUUUGUGAGAAAACACCUUUUAUACUCUCUUAGCAGUUUUGGUUUUGUAAUAAACAUGUAAAUAUUUUGUACAGAGAUCUGAAACCAUUGCAGCCAGGAACCAUGAGCUAAAGUGUCCCAGUACAAUGCAAACUUUUCCUUUUUAAUGGAAUCAAAUCUAUAUUUUGUGCGUUUAAUUCCUUUCAAUAUACUCUUCAUUUCUGAAAUCCUUUUUACAGUUUUCUAAAUUAUUUUGGAUUGAAUUAAACUUUUGUAUUUCUAUUUUAGAAUAAAUGUAUAUUAUAUUUGUCGGAGGUAUUUUUUCCAUCUUCUAUACGUAAUGAGAGUGAUUGCGCCAGUAGAACUGUCACAUUGCUAUAGCUAGAAGGUCACUUUGAACUGGUAUAAUUGUUGGAAUUAACACUGUCUAUUCUGGCACAGCUCUGGUAUACUAUGGAAAUGAAUUCAUGCCCUGCAGGCUAUAUUUGUGGACACAAUGUAAGCAUGCAUGCAUUUGUACAGCUUUUUCCAGAUGUCCAAGCGGCAGUCAUAACAAAUGGGAUGUAGGUGUAGUUGCAACAGGACAGGUAGCUAGAAGGCUAAAAAACAGAGCUCCACGGAAUUUGCUUGUCCUUAAGACAGGUCAGGUUGCAGGGUUCUCUGCCUACGCUUGGCAGAAUAGGUGAAGCUACUCACGGCUGUUUGAGGGGGCUGCGGCUCCUGGAGUGCUCUGUCUGGCUUUUGUGAUGGAUUUCUUGGCCUUAUUAUAGGCUAUGGAGCACACUGGUUUUUUUUAUUCCUUUAUCACAUCCACCAAAUCUGUGAUGGAAGAGGCGAAGGUGCGUCUGUACGCGCAGCUGGGAGGUUCCGUAUGUGGAAAACACACUGGGGUGUUGUUGCAUUCCACUUACGGAUCGCAGAGUGCUACGCGCAAAGCGAUCUCUGCGCCGAGUGCCAACCUUUUUUACAUUUUUUUUUUUAUUUUUUUAUUCUUUAAUUACUGUGCAGAAAAGAUAGGCUUGUAACGCCACAACAGCAUUAUCAAGCUAUGAAUUUUCUUAGACAUAUUGCUUAGCUUGUUUAGUAAAAAAAAAAAAGUGCACUUGUUCGUACGCCAUGGCAUUGUAUCUACUUCUAAUUACUUCACUGGAUAAAAGAUGUAUAUGAAUGGAAACAUAUAUAGCUUUCCUAGUUUGUUGCAAAAUUGGAAGUGCUUCAAACUGUUUUUUUUUUUUUUGCCUUCUUUUGGAUCAACAGCAAAAUACAAAUGUGAGGAAGGCUGAACUUGAUGGACGCAAGUCUCUUUUCAGCUAUGUAACUAUGUAGUAAACAAUCCUGACAAACAGUUGUGACAAACAGGAACGACAGGUGAAGAGGGACUUACCCAAAUAAGCUUAUUGUAUAGAGGUUUGGGGUUUUCCUUGGACAAAAUGAAUUCCCCUUUAUCCUUCUAUUACCUUUUUAUAUACAGGGGAGCUCAGGGUGGAGUUGGCCUUUAUAAUGCUGGGAGGGGAGGCGACUGGGGGCUGCAUUUUGUUUUUUAACCUUUUCAAUGCUAGCAUUUUGUUAUGUCUGCUGCUUAAACUAUGAUAAAAGACAUUUACGGCAGGUAAAAUGUAGGGUUUCUCUUCAGUUCUGGGCUGCCAUAAGGUGAUGGUGGCUGCCGGAACGGAGACGUGCUGUGGAGAUAAGUAUGUUUUAUACUUAACCGGAGCAGUACUCACCCAGUAAGUGACAUUUCUACUUUAAGAAGAGGUUUAUAUGCCUUUUUUUUUUUUUUUUUGCUGAAAAUUGAAGCAAUAUUCAUACAUCAUUCACACAGCUUCCAUUACAGUUGCUGACAAUGGAACGUGUGUGAAAACCAUCAUUUUUCUGUGAUUUCUACGUUUGAUGGGAAUGAUGAAAGUUUUCUUAUUUUUAAAUUGAUAUUUUAUGUGUAAGACCGUGGAAUAAAUAGAAUAUGCUAAUGACUUAUGUUUAAAUCCAUAUUUAGUGUCCUAGGUGUAAAUGGUCACUAGAGGGCAGCAGAUAACUAAGCGUUAUUUACUCCUGCUAUAUCUCAUUUAGAGUGACCUGUUCUGUAUAUUAAUAAAUAUUAUCAUUUAGAGUGACCAGUUCUUUAUAUUAAAGAAUAUUAUUGACAGAGUGACCUGUUCUGUAUAUUAAUAAAUAUUAUCAUUUACAGACGAGUGACCUGUAUAUUAAUACUUGUUAUUAUUUACAGAGUAAUGACAUACUUUGCAGCAUUAAAACUGUCUGUCGGGAAGCAAUGCUUUAAAUGCUUUAGAUUGUUUUAAUAAUAUAUCUAAACCUAAUAAUGCAGAGGAAUACCUAACACUGGGCCCUGAUUCCAGCACCAGUUAUGGAGUUAAUGGCACAGUGAGCAGGUACGGUGCAUGUUACUAUCUGUCUGUAAGUGGGCAGUGCAUCUUAUAGCACAGCUGUGAGCCGGCAAUGUAUAUUAUAGCACAGCUGUGAGCGAGCAGUGUAUAUUACAGUCCAGCUGUGAGCUGGCAGGGUAUAUUAUAGCACAGCUGUGAGCCGGCAGUGUAUAUUAUAUCACAGCUGUGAG